AAAGACAAAAAACAGUUCAUUUCGUACAUUAAAAAAAACAGGAAACAGAGCAGCGCCAUUUCCCUCCCCCACUCGUCUCCGCAACACUACAAAUAAACCCUCCCUGAAGAAACCCAAUGAAUAUAUUUGGGGGCUUUCUGUAUCUGAUAAAAACCCACAAAAUCUAAUGGGUGCAGCAGUUGAAGAAGAAGAAGUGAAAGUGGGAAGCAUAGUGUGGGUGCGCCGGAGGAACGGAAUUUGGUGGCCGGGAAGAGUUAUGGCUCCCGCCGACUUCACCCCUGUUCCACCUCAAAUCAAGCUCCUCGGCCAAAACAGCGCCACUCUGGACAACUACAAUCUGGAGAGUACUAAGCGUGUGAAAGCCUUCCGCUGUGGAGAGUUUGACGAUUGUAUUAGAAAGAUUGAAUCAUCAAGAGAUUUUGGUUUAACCAAAGAUCUGAAGUGCACACGACGAAAAAAUGCUAUUCUUCAUGCUCUUGAUCUUGAAAGGCAGUUGGUGCAACAGAAACUUAAAAGGGCAGGUAGUAUAAUACUAUAAUGUAUGAUUCAUUGAAGAUAUAGAAUCACAUAUAGUUCUAUUUACAUUUUUAAAAAUUUCUAUUGUUUACAUCAAUAUUUAAUUUGAGAUGCAAUUGUUGUAUGGGAGCUAAGUAUCAUUUAGGACAUUGUUCACUUGGACUUGUUCAAGUCCAAAACCUGACCUUACCAUACUAGACAAAAUUUAAAUGUAGACUAGUACUAUACCACAUCAGUUCAUAUUAGUCAGAUUAGAUCAAACCGUACGAGAAGAUUUCAGUCCAAAUGAACAAUUACUUCAGGCAAGCAUGCCUAUUUUUUGCACAAAUCCAUAAGUUCAAUAGUUAAGUUCAUGAUUAUAACAUGCUUGUAACGUUGAUAUAGAUUUUAUGAAGUUGAAAAAUGUUUACCAGUGAUCACAAUGAAAAUGUCUGUUACUAAUGGUUCGUUUUAAAUAUUAUCUAUUUCUUUGCCCUGUGAUUAACAGGGAGUGAGAUGCAACAAGAAACUUGUCAGAGGGUAAAGAGAAGCAAGUGUGCCUACUUUUCUUCUGAAUCAGGAGGUUUUUUGAAGCAAUCAGUUCAGUCUUGCUCCUUAAAGGACUCAAAAAACUCCUCUGAGUCCUUUGUUGGUGAUAAGACUGCCUCUUCUGUCAGAUCUGAAAAACUCAAACCUAAAAGAAAACUGAAUAUCCAAGAGGUUUGCAUGGGAGAUAUGGGUCCAGAUGAUGAUAGAAGUUGCGUUUUUUACUCCAAAGGAGAUGCCGCUAUUCCUCUAUUUGAUGUGAACAUCAAAGUUGAAGCAAGCCACCAGGGAGUGGAUGUUCCUCUCGUCAGCAUGAUGAGCAGAUUAAAUGGAAAGGCGAUCAUAGGACACCCUGUGAAUAUAGAAGUUCUGGAAGGCACUGCUGAAGCUGAAGUUAGAAAUGGUGAGAAAUUGUCCCAAAAGAAUUUAAGUACAACAUGCCCCCUGGUUUGGAAAACUUCUAAAAGGACUCCUGUUAUAUAUUCAACUCCACUGCCUUCCUCGGGUAGGAAAGGCGCAUCUUCAGGAACAGAAGAACCCUUUCCUCUAAAAUCAUGCCAAGGGCAAACGAGUUCAUCAAACUGGUCAAGAAACUCCUUUAGUGGUGAUAACUUGCGCCCCACAGUGCAGAAGGCCAUGAAAGGAGAAGCUUUACUGAAAUCUGUUAGUUGUGUUCCAGUGAAACACAUUUUCAGUAAGUUACUAGCAGCUGUUGCCUGUUAGUAAGGAGAGACCAGCACAACAAUGCAACUGCGAUGAGAACGACAGUGUGCUUUAAAGAUGGGAUUGAACUAGACAAGCUUAUUCAAAAGAAAUCAGCUCUUUUUUUGGUGAUAUUACUUACAACUGGUUAAGGGUUUUGUUGAUUUACUAAGCAGGUAGAUAGAUGAGUAUAUACUUACUGAGUUACUGGUUAGGACUUAAGAUCAUUGAAUCAUAGAUGGUAUUGAUGAGUCAUGUGUAGUGGUUUUUUAUUUACAUGCAGAUAUUAAACUUGUUUAACUUCAUCAGAAUGGAGGCGCUUUAAGUAUUUACGAUGAGGGUGAUAAAAUUUAUUAAUGGUAACCAUUUUAAAUCAACUUUGGAUUCUAAAAUGCAAUUCUACUUUUUCG